CUGCCUGAAUUUCCUUCGCUCCUUGAAAAUAAGAAAUGUCAAUCGACAUCCCAGCCUUACGAAAUGGAAGAAGACGUCAAACCUAACUUGGCGAAUUUGACAUCAAUAUUAGCCCAACCGACACAACAUAAUCCGGGGAAUUUCGUAAAAUUUUCACCAAAUCGUGCACAAAACGAUCGAGCCACGCGAAAAAAUACUAAUCGCAGAAAACCCACGUUUAAUCCACACCAUCUUCACGCUUUCUGCAUUCCAAUCUUCCCAGGGUUACCAUGGCAACCCAAUAUUUGUCUUCAUCGGUCAUCUGGUAUCCAAGGACGAAACCGAUUUCCACCAAACAUAAAAUGCAAACGCGAAGAUAUCCAAAUGCCGAAAUUGGAGGCGGAAAUACCAGAAUGGUUCUCAACCGUGUCCGGCCGCACCAGAAGGAAUUUUAUGAAGAAGGAAAGAAUCCGUAAUAGAAAUCUGCAUAAAUGAAAGGAUUCAUAUAUACUGAUGCCUUGUAACUUGUGGUAUUCAUGAAACUGUGGUUAAUUUUCCUGCGUCACCUAAAAUAGA